AUGGACAUCAGUGGCUACCUACUUCUUGAUAUGAACACCUCGAAUUCUACGUUAACGGUAUGUUUUCCCCUACAGUCGGGCACGGCCGACGUCACUCUCGGCGUCAGCGGCUCGUGGUCGACGUUUUCUUCUUUAGUAUCGACAAGCGUCCCCAUUGACGUCACCACCCACAUCUUUGACACUUACAACGUAUUCAUACACCCUCACUGGCGCAACUUUCCCGUUGUCUCGGACGCAUGGCACUACUUGGCUGGUAUCUUCAUGACCGUCGUCGCCUUCUGCGGAAUCUUCGGCAACAUCAUCGUCAUCUGGAUGUUUUCGAGAGAGCAAUCCCUGCGCACGUCGUCCAACAUGUUCAUAGUGAACCUCGCCAUCAGUGACUGUACCUUCUGCGUUGUCAACGGCUUUCCGCUCAUGAGUCUGUCCGCCUUCAACAAACGCUGGAUAUUCGGACAGGCCGCCUGCGAGUUCUACGGUCUUAUAGGCGGCAUAUUCGGCAUAAUGUCCAUCAACACGAAUGCCAUGAUCGCCAUAGAUCGCUACAUGGCCAUCGCCCGCCCCAUCCACGUGGCCAAGUUCAUGACCCGCAAGAGGGCGUUCUUCAUGAUCAUUAUCGUCUGGAUCUUAUCGCUGGUCACGUGUCUCCCGCCAAUUUUCGGUUGGGGCCGCUACAUUCCGGAAGGUUUUCAGACGUCGUGUACCUUUGACUACCUGACCAGGACCGAAAACAACCGUACGUACAUUAUCUUCAUGUACAUCUUAGGGUUCGCAGCUCCACUGACGACAAUUAUCGUCUGCUACUUCAUGAUUGUAAGGGCGGUAAUGAAGCACGAGCAGGAAAUGAAGAAAACCGCGAAAAAGAUGAACGCCGAGAUCCGUACUAACCAAGAGGAGAAAAGGAUGGAAAUUAAGGUCGCCAAGAUAUCGAUUAUGAUUCUCUGCCUCUAUCUUUUGUCGUGGCUCCCAUACGCGACCAUUGCUUUGAUUGCCCAGUUUGGGGACCCCAUGUUCGUGACGCCGUUUUGGAGCGAGAUUCCGGUGCUCUUCGCGAAGGCCUCAUCCAUGCACAACCCACUCGUGUAUGCGUUCAGCCACCCGAAAUUCCGGAAGGCCGUCCAGGCGCGCAUCCCGUGGCUCCUAUGCUGCUGCGAGCCUACUUUGGACAAAACCCCCCAGCCGUCAGGAACUUACAGGGCCGGCGACCGGAGCGCAAGCAGACGAAGCCAGAGCAGCGUCACCGGGGCCGCCAGCUUGGACAGCGAGAUGAGCAACCUGAGUGACGCCACUACCUAUCAAGACAUGGAAUUCCGUCUUCGAAAACUCGAGGAGAAAACCGGAACUGCACCUAAGCGAAACUCACGACGGCGCGGCGCGACUAGAGAGAAGUCGUACGAAAUGCCUGAUGAAAUUCCCACAGGAAGAAUCAUUCAGGAUCUUACCCACGCCCUGAUUGAAGUCGCCGGAAGGGAGAAGCAAGUAGUGCGUCCGGUGUACCUCCCCGGUAACACCCUUCAGAAUCCCUCCAACGCCUCGGCGCCCGGGCAGGCUCAAACCGAGAUGUUUGUCCUAGACAGCACCACCCUUCCGCAACUGGCUAAAUACCUGGCACAGUUCUCGACCUUGAACUCCGCGUCGGCUGGACACUCGAAUGCCGGCAUGGAUAUGUCGCCAGAAACGCCGUCGACGGAAGUCGUCGGUAACGGCGGUGGUGCGCAUGCGCGGGCAAACUAUCGGUCCAAUGACUCCGUAGAUGAAGCAUUAUAAACGGUCAGACUUCGCACUAGGAUACCAUACACAUGAAUUCAAUGACGGUCGAAAGAUAUUUUGUUAUAACACCUGUGAUUCUCGUUAGUUACAGAUUGUGUGUGACUUCCAGCGGCGUAAUAUUAAGAUCGGUAAUUCAUAGACCAUCAUCAGAAGUAACGUUGACCAGAGAACGGCGGGCUUCUUGAACGAAUAUAUAAUGCAGUGACAACGGAAUAUAUUCCGUGGGUUUUAACGGUGUGCCUAACCUUUACGUUUAAUAAUUGGCAUUGACAUUAUUUAAGGUGAGUCAAUCUUUCAAAUAAGUGUUCGCUCUCUGAUUUACCUUAAUUCUAUGAAAAUGUGAGAUAAUAUUGGAAAAUUGUCAUUUUUCGACAUUUUGUGAACAAGUCCCUGUUUUUUCUGGUGGUUACCCAAUACGACAAUUAUGAAUCAUAACUUGAAAUGCGCGCAGAGGAUUUUCAGGUUUUGAUGAUGUUUGUUUGAUGGGUAGAGACAGGCGAAUUGCUAUGACAGCAAGGUAUUAAUAUCUUCUAAGUGUUUGUGUUGGCAAACGGGCGUACAAUGCAAGUGUUAAUGAAUUCAGAGUAUUUAUUAUUUAUAUUUGCAUUCAGUCUGAGUGAUUGGUUAUACGAAAAAAAGGUUAAAUGAAAGUGUUGAUUUCUCCAUUUGUUUGCAAAAUAAUUGUUAUUAUCUUCUGAACUAGAUAUUUAAGUUUAUUUGUGCAGCAUUUAUGCAAUUAGCUUGAACUUUGUAUUCUGAUGCAAAUAAUGCCGUGUAAAAAGCAAUACAACAAAUUCAUGUAAUAAUAAUAUUAAUUAUAGCAUUAAUAAAUAGUUUUUUAGAAAUGCAUUUUGUUUGGAAGUAUAUAUUUUCAAGAAAGGAAUGUGCUUUAAAACAUGUGUACAUGUGUGUUUACCCUAAUUGAUAUGAAUGUACCAAUUGAUCCUUAAAUGUAUACAUUUAAGCUACAUUGACAAUGUCGGCGAUAUAGGAUUCAAGUUGUAACAUUUAACGAACUGCAUAAUUACAAAUGCGUUGGUAUAUAUUUAUGCAUUGUAAAUUAUAGUCAUGCAAGGUACUUAUCUAUGUUAUUGUAUGAAUGUUAUUGUUAAGUUUAAGAUUACGUUAUGUUUAUGACUGUUUCAAAUGGAUUCAAAGCAAUUACCGGUGAAUCUAUUUUGAUUGAUGCAUUAUUCAAUUUAAA